AUGGCCAAUUUAAUGAUGAAUGGCCUGCUGCAAUCGCGGAAUCCGAUGAUCGCGUUUCGCCGGUUCCGCGGCAAGAUAAACAUUCAGCGGCCAAGGCAACCACAUUAUGAAAGGGCUCGCGUGCUCGAGAUCGUCAAACCGUUCUACAAGAAACCGGAAUUCAAUGCACCGUGCUUAGAGGCUCAACGAACUAUUGAACACAAAAAGAUAGACAACCCCUAUGAAGUUAUAAUUGCGCGUGAAGCCCGCAACUGGUUCGAGCAAAGUCGCUUGGUUGCCUUUCUGCACAUCAAUUCGAUCCGGCAAGAAGACAUGUUUAAAAUGCAGGUUGCGUUGCAUCGCCACAACGUUACGGUGAAGGUGUACGGCAAGUCAAUCAUCCGGAAAGCGGUCCUGGGGACAAAGUUCGAGGCAAUACUACCACUAUUCGAGGCGAAAACCGCCCUCGUAUUCUGUUCGGACGAGAGGAAAAUUAACCAGGUGCUGAGUGUGCUGAAAAAAACGCCUCAAGUCGUGUUGCUAGCCGGCAUCGUCGAGGGACGGUUUCUCAGCCGAAACGAAUUUGUAGCGUACGCUGGCAUGCCGGAUCUGACGACAGUUCGGGCCCAGCUGGCAGCGGUUUUGCACGGUGCCGGUAGUAAACUCGUAGGCGAUCUACAGUGCCACCAGCAGCAACUGGUGCAACUUUUGGAAGCAUACACCAGAAGUGAGGAAAGUAGACCCUCGAGUGCCGGGCCAACCUGUGAUAAAGAGUCCAGCUGAACCAUAGUGAAUUCCUGUAGUACUUCAUCGGAAAAAUAAUUAUGCGAAUUGCAAUAUCAGUUUCAAAGUGUCAACACAUUCUUUGACGGAGUGAUGAUCAUCCAUAAAUUAACGACUUAGCAUCAAGGCCCCUACUUUUUCGCAUAUUCUUCGAUAGAUAUUCGAGACAAAUAGCUGAGUGCAUUUAUAACUUGAAUUCUUUAUUUGUUGGUCAGUCAUCCUUCUUCGUGUUUCGACGCCAUUGUUUUCGUACUAUGGGACUAGGAAAACUGGUGAUCGAACUCUUCCUUUGACCACCGGUCUUAAGCCUAGGCGCAGAAUUUCGUUCGACAAUUAUUUGCCAAGUGCGUUAGUGCUUCCGCCGCAUCGAUUUCGUCCUUCUGGUGGCUCAACAGUACGAUGCUUUCCGUCACGGAUGUGGCCACCGGUGUCUGACACGAAGCCAAGUCACAGUGCGUUUUGGUAGCUGAUUGUUUGCUGCGAUUGUGCUUGGAAGGCGUAAACUUGGCGGUACUUUCGAGCCAUUUCGAUAGCGACGGUGGCGGCCCACGUAUUUCGUUCGUAUCACAGCCUAAUCGCCCUUCGGUGCUCAGUGAUGUUGUUCUCUGUGGAAAAUGUUCAUCCGCAGCCGGCUGGUGAUGAUGGCGGUGCAGAAGGUGGUGAUGAUGAUGAUGAUGAUGAUGAUGGAAGCCUCGUUGAAACGGAAUUGUCGCCAUGAUGACUGAAAGACCGCCGUCGGUAGCAUUAGGUUUGUGUGCUGGUUCAAGCUCGCCGAGAUCACGUAGAUACUUUUCCAUUAUGCUGCUCUUGUAUUUACUCGACCGGAUUUGUCCGUUUGAUUUAGGAAGCGUAGAUGGGGUCACCGAGGGAGGUGUCGUUGGUGGUGACAGACUAGCGGGUGGCGCAAGAAAGAGAGUGGCACUUCCUCCUGCGUCGUGGACGCGAUCGUAUGCCCCAAAUGCCGUCGCUCCCGUCGCUAAAAUCAGUGGUUCCAGUCUGACGCUACUUUCUUGUCCGUAUUUAUCAGCAAUCUGUUUCACCUGCAAAUGAAUGAAUGUUGCUCAAUGUUCGUUCGUGCUACGAAGUUCCUCCACCGUACGGAUUACUUUGUAACAUCUUGUGUCCUCCGGAAUGCCAAAUACCGUUUCGUAGUUGCGCGGGGUGUAGCAAUGAUCGAAGCAAUACGUCGUAGCAGCAGGAUAACUGUCGCGAAUCAUACCAUCGUAGGGUGGGUGCUCGUCCACACGUUCACCUGCGCCGUUCAUCCCCGGAUGUCUCAGGAUGAGCGUGACCGAAUCCAUCGUAUUUGCUUCUGCUGUGGCUGGUCGAAAACUUCACGUACGCCAUGGUACCAAGGACGUGUUCCGGUGGACGUGGGCUGUGGCGAAGCGAAUCCUGCGAAUCUUCACCCUCGGCCACGCUCCAAAUGCUGUCGCUUGAGCAAAUGCUAAACUGCUCCACGUUACCGCGCGCGUUUGUGUUGUAGUGGCGGAUUAGAUUGCCCCACGUUUUUCGUACCGGAUCAUUGCCAGAGUUUUUCAGCUUCCGGCGCCAGUUGGCGAACCAAUUGCAAAUUUGCGUGUACGUCAGGCCAGUCUCAACCGCCAGCAGUUUCUUCUCUUCCCGGUUCGGGUACGGAUUUUCCCUUCGUCGAACCAACCAAUCUUUCAGCAAACGCUUGAUUUCCGGUGUAAAAAGUCGCUUGACCGGCCGGUGCGUGUCGCCCGGUGACCAAGCUUUUCUGAAACGGCGCACAACGGCAAGAAACGUAUUGUUUUAAAAGCCACUUCCAGCUACUUAUUUGGUAGUAAAGGUUAACAAAAGAAAACACAGAGAGGAUCUUAAAAACACGUGCAGAGCUUGUUA